AUGAACUCCACAUGCAGGAUAUGUAACAAAAAGGGACACUGGAAGGCCGAAUGUCCUUUCAGACAAUCCAGCACCACAGCCUCAGCCUCCGGAAUGUCGCAUUCAUCAGCAUCCGGCACUUUGCCGACCACGACAGUGAUUGCCGACCAGGGAGACGAUAUGCUGCCACUGGAGUUUGUGCAGUUGCCUGAGCUCACCAUGCCCAAGUCAGAUGAGUCUCAGCCAAGUUUUUUGUCGAAGAAUGACCACCUGAGACCAACCGCCAUGACUGCCAUGGACCGGAUUCAAAGGAAUGCCCGUCCAAGAUCCGAAGUGAGUUUGGAAGCUCCGAGACAAGCAUCCGCCAGUCCCAAUUUGUCUGAAAGCCAAGUGUGUUUUGCCACCCAUGCUUCUUAUGGCAUACUGGAUUUAGGUGCUUCCAAGACCGUAAUCGGUAGUGAAUGUUUGCCUGAAUUAAUUCGCAGCCUUGAUGCCGACACGCAGAAGCAGUUGACCCGCUGUCCAUGCCAUGUCACAUUUCGGUUUGGGAAUGAAGCUACUCUUUCUAGCAAACAAGCUUUGGUCAUACCACUGGGUAAGUUGUUGUUGAAAGUGGCGAUUGUACCGGGAGGAACUCCUUUUUUGCUGAGCAACACUCUCAUGAGGGUCAUGGAAGCAAGCAUAGACUGCGCCAAGCACACGUUGUCCAGCAAGAUGUUCAAUACGCCUGUGAAACUCCAAUUGACACCCAAGGGUCUUUUUCUGAUAGACAUCAAUAGUUUGAUUCAAGCUGCAAAGGACAACAAAUCAGCCAGUCGAACAACUGGUGCACAGACUUUUGCAGAGACCUUUGUGUCCGACGAGGUGUCCGAAAAGGGUCAACCAAAGCCGAUCACGAUCACAGCCAAGAGUGAUCACACAUGUUCAGAGAACAUGUCUCUCAGCCAGUGCCUUCGAAACCUGCAGAUACCAACCAACACCACCGAGUUGGCCAGCCUAGAGCACCUGACCUUGGAAGAUCUGAAUCAAGAAGUAGUGACAUUCGGACAGAAGUACAUGGGUUGUCACUUCCAAGACACGUGGCAGGAUCAGGAAUGGGUCCAAUUCAUGGUGAGCCGGUAUCAGAGAAGCACGAAAGAGGGUCAUCGCCGCUACUUGCGGUACGUGGAGUUGAAGGUCGAGACCAUGGAGCAACAGCAGAGUGCCAUCCCUCCACGGUCCAACCCACCGACCACCGUGCGGGGACAGGCCAAAGCAAAGGCCAAAGCCAGCCCAGUGGCUCCUCAUCACACCUCUUUGCCAGAUGGGGAGGCCGAUUGGGAUAUCGAACCAGAGACAUAUGCCUCGCUGACUAUGACCGGCCCGAACAUCUACACUCAGGAGGACAUGAGGGCCAUUCAAGAUCGCAUGCUGCACAUGGAGAAUGCACUGUCCAGGGUGAUUCGACACAUCGAGGACCAAGCACUGAUGCAGCAGAUGAUCCAUGCCGAAGAGGAACAGUGA